UUACCAGAUUGCUUUCGCGUCAUUCGGUCAUUCUCUCUACCUGCAGCACUGCACUUGAUAGAGAAAUCCUCUGAAACACCUCUCCUCUGCGGGAAGCUGGAAUUCGAGCGCGCCUGUAGAGUCACCGACAUUCUUGCCAAACAGAACAAGGUCCCCAGAGACAUUGGAGAUGCAUUUGUGAGAGCGAUCGACCGACCUGUGCGAUGAGAUUACUCAGAUAUAUCGACUAGUCUCUCGUUCCAGAAGCUGCUAUUUUCAAACAGAAGACGCUCUCAUCGAAGAGUACUUUGACAUUCUGGAGGACACCGGGCCCAUCUUCUUCCAGAAGAUGUCUCUUGCGGACUUUAAUUCCUACGAGUUUGAGUAGUUAUCCUGUAUCUCCUCGCUCGCAUUGAAGAGGAGAAGAGUUCUUGGGAAUACUGUGAAACUGUUGAAGGUGACAUUUCCAACCUCACCCACACCGCAACGCUAUUUGAGUAAUGGCGGAUGGCAUGAUGAAAGGUGUGUUCCAGCACCCUUUCCCCCAAUGACUCCUCGAGAACUACGCUUAUUUAGGCGCUGGCAUGGCGUUGGGAUGCCUCAUGAGUUUGUUGGCACCAGGCCAGUGGGCGAAAGAUAUGAAUGGCGGGCGCCGCUGAUGCGGGGCCGCAGCGGUGUCCCUCAUACAAUUAUCACCUCAUACCAUGUCACUGAAUCGCAGGCGCCGAUUCUACGAGGCGAGCUGAUGACUAUCCUUCGCGUGAUAUGGUGGAAAAACAAGGUCGUUUUCGAUAGAGGUUAUCAGGUCCUUCCGAUCCUCCUCUCCGUUCGCCCCGGUUCUUUUCGACUCAUCGAAGCCUUCCACAAUGGAUCCAAAUUUGUGUUGCGGUAUGGCAAGCCGGUUCCUGUGAAGCUCACUGAUCCCAUGGAGCAUCGGAUGGAAGGUGUAUAACUGGGCAUUCAGGUGGAUCCUCUCCACUGUAGAUGGAGAUGCCCGACAACCUAUACACCUACAUACUACUUCAAACCUUGUCGGCUAGUUCCUCUAGAGGGCCCUUCCAUUGCUAGCCAAGAUUCCCGCAACGUCAUCUCGGAAUGGUUCGGAGAACGGCAAGCAGACUUAUCAUCAACAUCCUCAUUGUGCAGUAAACGGCAACCCGCGUAUCUCGUCAAUUCUCCUGAAUCGCAUCGCUGUGCCGCGUCUGCUGAAUCCAGACUCGCUGCCUAGGGCUACCUAUGUGCCGGAAGUAGAUGGCCCUUCAUCAUCACGGACACCAUCAUUGCCAAAAUCCUAGCCACCACCGUCACUGUCGUCGUGGUCGUCCUCACCUGGAUCGCCAUUGGUGCCGUUUUCAUACCCCCCUGUCUAUAUAUAAUAAGGCUGCAUCCAGCCCAGGGGCGCGUUAUUAAACAUUUUCAACUACCGAUUUUUUGUCGUCUCUCUCUCAAGGCAGACACCAGCAUCAUCACCUGUGAUCCAGAUCUGAAAAAUUCCUUUGAUGACAGGAUAGAUAUUAUAUUAGUAUUAGAUAUUGAAAUUUAU